AUGCCGCUGAAGACCGCGCUGACGGAGAUGCUGGGGAUCGAGCAUCCCAUCAUCCAAGGAGGCAUGCAGUACGUCGGCUAUGCAGAGAUGGCGUCGGCUGUGUCGAAUGCUGGGGGUCUGGGGAUUUUGACCGGCCUCACCCAGCCGAACCCCGAAGCCCUGCGUGCUGAGAUCCGACGUUGCCGCACGAUGACGGACAAGCCUUUUGGCGUGAACCUGACGAUCCUGCCGGCGCUGAUUCCAGCUGAUUACGACGCCUUUGCACGUGUGGUGGCAGAAGAGAAGGUGACCAUGGUCGAGUUGGCGGCCGGAUCGCCAAAGAAGUAUACGCCAAUGUGGAAGGCUGCAGGUGUGAAAGUCCUGCACAAGUCUGCGACCAUCCGGCACGCCUUCAAGGCGCAGGAAGCUGGCGUGGACUUGAUUGAAAUUGUGGGGUACGAAGGAUCGAUUGCUGGUGGUCAACCUGGCGACGAGGUUGGUGCAUGGGUGUUGUUGGCCAAGGCCACGUCGAUGUUGAAAGUGCCGGUAAUCGCAGCUGGCGCAUCAGGCACUGGGAGGCAGUUGGCGGCUGCUUUGGCUAUGGGAGCCAUGGGCCUAGCCCACGUACAACAUGGACUGCUUAGUUGCACGCCACGGGUGGUAGAAGUUGUGCAUGCACUGGAAGGCUCAGGGCAUCACGAUGGCCACAAGGCUCCGAUCGACCAAAAAGUGAAGGAGACAUUGAUGAGCCCAGACAUGGACGAGAGGAGUACCACGAUCGUCUUGGGAACCCUGAGCAAUGCUACACGGGUCUUCAAAAACGGCGUGUCGAAGAAGAUUCGCGAAAUCGAAAGUCAAGGCGAUGUGGAUUUUAGCCAAGUCAUGCCCCUGGCCAGUGGCAGCCGGACCAAGAAGAUGUGGCAAGAAACAGGCGACACGGAAGAUGCCAUGUGGAGCUGCUCCCAAAGCAUCGGUCUCAUCAGCAACAGGCGGAUCGUGGCAGAAGCUGAAGAGCGGCUGUCCGUCGGAAUGAGGUGGGAGGUCGUUGCAGUCCGGGCGGUGCAAGAAGCGAAACAAGUUCGGCAAGCCGUGUUCGUUUCACCGAGCCAGUAUGGAAACCUCAUGCUGAUGCAUCGCACCAAGCUGCCCUGGAAGCUGCGAUGGGCGGUCGAAGCCCAAGAGGAGGUGCCAGCCCUCGGGGUGGCCGCAGCCCCCGGGGCGGCGGAAGCCCUCGCAGCCCGCGGCGGGGCAGCGAAAGAGGAGGUGACCCCCGGGAGGGGAGCCAAAGAGCCGCUGUGGCAAAAGCUUCGAAGGUAUCUGGGAGCUUGCUGCAGCAGGCUGCGGAGACUCUGCAGAUGUCCAAAGUUUCGAUGCUGCGUCUACACGAUGCCAUGCUGCUACUGCUUCAUCCCCGAUCAGAUGAUCCGGAAGGAGGUGCUCAUCGCUCGAUUGCGGAGUGCCGGCACGGGGAAGCAGGUCAGCAUGGCGCUGGUCGAGGGGCUGCAUCCCCCAUUGGAGCUCAUGCAUUUCGACAAGAGCAUGUUUCUGUGGAGAAGCGAAGCAGGAUGGUAUCGAGCCUUGAAGAUACUGAAGGAUCGCUGUGGCGAGCAGUACGAUGCAAGCAAUAUGACUUGGGCGUGGUGGAGAGCUAAUAUUAAGAAUGCAGAGUCGACAAUCGAGGUGACCUGCGAGAAAUGUGGUCAUGGCUCAGCGAGCACUUUGCUGCGCCAUUUGCAAAGAGGUCAGGCGCCUGGAUGUUUCUGCAAUGGCGGCGUUAGCUGGUCCAGUCGGGAAGGGCAUGCUCGUUGUCUUGCCAUGCUGAAGGACCGAUAUGGCGAGCAGUACGAUCACAGCCAGAUGACUUGGGCUUGGUGGAGAGAGAACAUUGUGCACCAACGCUCGAAAAUCAAUGUUGGAUGCAAGGAAUGUGGCCAUCGCUCAAUCAGCACCUCAUUGACCAAUCUGCAACGCGGAUGCUCACCCGGAUGUUUCUGCAACGGAGGCGUUCCCUGGUCCAGUCGGGGCGGGCAUGCUCGUUGUCUUUUGAUGCUGAAGCUCCGAUAUGGCGACCAGCAUGAUGCAAGCAACAUGACUUGGGCUUGGUGGAGUGACAACAUUCAGGGUGUUGAUUCGAAAAUCGAUGUGACCUGCAAGAGAUGUGGCCAUCGCUCAAUCAGCACCUCAGAGAACGCUCUGCAACGCGGAGGCUCACCUGGAUGUUUCUGCAACGGAGGCGUUCCCUGGUCCAGCUCACCUGGAUGUUUCUGCAACGGAGGCGUUCCCUGGUCCAGUCGGGACGGGCAUGCUCGUUGUCUUUUGAUGCUGAAGCUCCGGUAUGGCGACCAGCAUGAUGCAAGCAACAUGACUUGGGCUUGGUGGAGUCACAACAUUGAGGGUGUUGACUCGAAAAUCGAUGUGACCUGCAGCAACUGCGGCCAUCGCUCAAAGAGCUCUUCACUACUCGGUUUGCAAAGUGGUCGAGCACCUGCAUGUUGCCGCAAUGGCGGCGUUCUCUGGUCCAGUCGGGAAGGGCAUGCACGUUGCCUUUUGAUGCUGAAGGCGCGCUAUGGCGAGCAGUACGAUGCAAGCGACAUGACUUGGGGUUGGUGGAGAGACAACAUGAAGGGUGCUGCGUCGACAGUUUCUGUGACCUGCAAGAAAUGUGGCCAUCGCUGCAAGAGCACGGCAUUGAAAAAUCUUCAACAGGGUCACGCACCUGGGUGUCUCUGCGACAGGAAGACAGAAGCGAAGCUGAGACGCUGGCUGUGCGCGACAUUUCCGGACUGGACCAUUACGUCGCAGGUGCGGGGAUGCACCAAUCCAGACACUCAGCGUCCCCUACUUUUUGAUUUUGGCUUGUACCACGAUACUAUUUUGAUAGAGCUGGAUGGCGACAUUGGCCACUUCGGGCGUGGGUGGGGAGGGGCCGCAGACGAUCGAGGCGUGCCACACAGAGACUUACAAAAGGAGCAUUGGGCAAUGCAGCAUGGCAAAGUCGUGGUGCGGUUGUUGCAGGAUGCUCAGCAGUAUGAGUGCGGCAUCUAUCGCAAGCUGCGCAGCGACCUGAACUGCAGGAAAAGCUUUUUCCUGCCCAGCCGCAUCCCCUACCUGGAGUUUGGAGACUUUGACCGCAGAUCGCGAGAGAAUGGCGGCCUUCAAGAAGAAGUGGCCCCGGGGCCCAGACAGAAUGCGCAGCCGCUGCCGUGCGAGGGCCUCGUCGCGGGCUCCUUCAAGGCCGAGCUUCUGCAUGAAGCUGCUUCCAACAAAGCUUCUGCACGCUUCUACAUCAUAUUUGUUCGUGUUCGCUUCAGCAGAAUGUCCGUCAUUGGAGGGCUCUUUGUGAUGAUUUCCUUAGACAGAAGUCGUUUGACAGGUGCCAGCGCAGGCAUCGCCGCAAAGCGGCACUUCAAGGAUGUGGAGGCAAAGUCACAGGUGGGCAGUCAUGGAACGGAGCAGAUUCUUUGGCAACAGUUUGGCAACAGUUUGCGAGAACACAAGGCCAUCGGUGGCAAGAUCUGCUUCCUGUGUGAUUGUCAGUGGGACAUGCAAGGUGAUGGUGUGUUAAAGUCACGGUAUGAAGGCAGCCCGAAGGCCUGGGGCAGAACUUCCCGACAUCCCACAUUCCAACGGCCUCAGAUCAUGGCGGACAAGAAGCCGGGCAGUGACAACAGCGUUGUCAUCUUGCCUUCCUGCCUCUUCCACAUCGGCAACACCCAGCGUGAGCAAGACUUGUUGAACCUUCCGCCUCCGUCUUGUUCCUCGAACCCCGGGAAUCCCAACCUCUUCCAGUUGCGCACGUCGCACGUCCGCAAGUGGACAUUGCGGUGCCGCAAUUCAAAGUAUGCGGACCAAGUUCUUUUCUUGAAGUAUUCGGAGCUUUCGGGUGGGGAUCCUUAUGGCAAGGACCGAGGGACCCCGAGCCGAUGGGACUCCAACAUGGGUCGAAGGAUUUCGAUCUGGGAGGCCGACGGACAUUUCGUGCCGGAGAUCAGGUCCUGGCAGAUGCGCACGGUGGACGAGCCCCGCGAUGGCCCGCCCGACUGUUCGGAGGGCGCCGGAGGCGGCUUUGCCGUGGGCAUGCCAGUCCAGUGCUUCAACCAGCAGAAACGCGUUGUGCUUGCAUCGGCUGUAACCGCGCAUGUGGGCCAUGCCGUAGGGCUUUGUGCCUUUACGUCCCUGCGGUGUGGCGUCUGA